AUGGCCAAUAGAAUAUCCGUCCCCCCCAACGACCCUCAAAACCCCCGCUGGCUCCUCGACCUCCAGCAGUGGAGAAUCGUACCCUACACCGAUAUUCCCCAAAGAAUUCUCGAUGGUGAAGGUUACGGUAUCGUCUCCUAUACCUGGGGCUACAUCGUUGAUGAUGGCAAGCCCGCCUCCGACCCCCCCCAGGGUCUUCUAUGGGACGUCCCCGCCGUCAAGGGCUGGACACUCGCCAAAGCACGACAGGUGAUGGAGACAAUUGGGACUCGGUAUAUUUGGUGGGACUGGAUGUGUGUUCCUCAGAGCGGGGAGCGGAUGCGACCCUGGGAUAAAAAAUUAGACUUGGGAAAGGUUCAGGGGGAGGAGAUUGGAAAGCAGCUGCAUAUCUACGGCAAAGCCAAGAAAAGCAUCGUCUGGCUUCACGCGACCUCCUGGGAGCGGGAUUCGGCGAUUAAGAACUUGCUUCACCUGCGCAUACCGGACGACAAGCCCACAGAGGAAGACGAUAACCAGACACCAGCUGAGCUGGAGAGACACACCAAUAGCUUGAUGAGUCUUCUGAACCACGCGCACGGGACAGAGCGCUGGACGUGCUCCGGUUGGACCCUGCAGGAAGGCGUACUGUUGCACGAAACGGAGCUCGUCGACGGAUGCGGACAACGACUCUUCGGCAAGCACUUCUGGCUCAGCGACCGGGCCACUGUUGCGGAUCUUACUGUUCCAAUCACCAGAUUAGCCUGGGAGAUUGCCAUCGCCUACUUCAUCAAAUCGCAAGGGUAUGAGCCGGAUGUCGGGUCGCCGAUUCCUAAGCGCCCGCAUGUUUUCGCACAGCUACCGGAGCUGUGGUUGCGGCGGUCUCUGCAGACACUCACAGCCUCAGGCUUCGUCGCUUACUGGCAAAAUAGUCCCCUGGACAUCUUAGCCGGGAAGCGCGGGCGCAAGUUCGGCAAGAUCCAGGACUCUUGCUGGGCGCUUGUGGGCGCGUUGGGUAUUGAUAACAUUGAGGUCACAUAUGCUGAGGACUUUGGCAUGGACAAGGUCAAGCAGCGACUGCUGGAGGCGCUGUUUGACAAAUAUACGUGGGGGAUGUUGGCGCUGCCGUUCUCCGAGUCAAUUCAGGACGUAUAUACCGGAGUGGAACGGGGCUUUAGAUGGACAGAUGUGGCUGAUGGGGCGAUGCUGCCGGUGCAUGCGUUCUGCGUGGAGCAGAAACCCGCCGCUCCCGAUCCCAACCUCCGGGAGCUGGAACUCCUUAAGCUCAGUUAUACGAGAACGCACAAUCUGGCUGAAUAUACGGUGACCAUCCUAGGCCUGGGUUCUAGAGAGACCUUGGGCCCCGAUGACACAAACCGGGUUGAGGCCGAGGACUUGCCCGUCGAGCAGUUGUUGAGGGUUGCUGCUGCUGUCCUUCGCGCAGGUCAACUGCAGUCUUAUCUCCCAUCCUGCACAAAGGACGAACUGGCUGGGCUUGGGGAUGGGUGGGUUGCUGACGCCCCUGCUCUUGAGGCACAGGCGAUCAGCAUCCUUUCAUCCCAGAAACAUGAGCUGACGGAGCCAAAGUGGAUGCAAUGAUGAGCAGCCUGGACUCUCGCUACUAACGGCCGUAGCAGUGAGCAUCGAAAUAACGCGCCAGGAUACAACCGAGCCACACAACAGGGAUCUAGAGUCUUAGUACAAAGGAUUUCAGAUAG